UGAGUUUAUGGCAGAAAACUUGUUAUAUUCAGUAGCAACAUUUGAAAAAAUGGCGCACGCAGCGAUCCCAGAUACGGCGCGGGGCGCUGUUUUGGCCUGGCCGUAGUGAAGGGGUUAAGACAACUCUUCUUGCUUUUGGUUCAAUGAAGCAGAUACUUGGUGCAUGUCUUGCAUACCAUGUGGGGCGCCCAAGCUUUAUCCUGGUCACCAAGUUUCCUACUAAAAUAAGCAUAGUAAGCACGCUUUAUGAAACUUGUGACUGGAUUCCUGUUAUGAACAACGGUGUAUUCACCGCAGAUGUAGCAGAAUACAUUGGGCUUAUUUUUGCAAGAUCUUCUGGCCAAAUCCAUUUCAUUCACAUGCAAAAGAAAAAUACCAGUUGGUCAAAAAUUGGCGCAUGUAAACUUCAGAAUUCGUUUAUUUAAAGAAAUAAGAAAGAUUUUGCCUCAUAUAAAUACAAAAUACUUGUAUGUAGGCGGUGGCUGAGUGGUUAGCGUGCGGGCCCCACAUUCACGGCUCCAUGGACGACGUCGGUUCAAAUCCGCCCGCUACCACCUGGGAUUUUUCAGUCAAUGCCGAGUGGCCUAAGACUACCGACAUGCUGUCCUGAAGACCACCCAUCAACCCAGACUCUAGAAGAAACCGUCUAAGUGAAUCAAGAAUGAGUUCCGGGGGGGCAGCAUGAGCCUAGCAUUAAUGGCGCCACUAUAAAAAUUGCCUGCACCAUGACAGGCUUGGGCCAACCACCAGGCCCCUGAAGAAAGCCUACCGGCACUACAGGCGAAGAAAGUGAAGUGUGCUCAUGAGCUAAAGGAGAGACUGGGCAUUGCUGGAAUGGAUUAUGCUGAAGUUGGCUACCACGCAUUCUCCACUGGCCCCGCUCCCCUGAGACGAUUUGCCAAUACAGCUCGCCGGGUGUUAAAUACCUUCCUUACCUUGACACAGUUAGGCUUCUGCUGUGUUUAUGUUGUGUUUAUUGCAGCCAAUGUUAAACAGGUUGUUGAUUGCCAGUUUCCGGGGAAUGAAAUAGACAUUCAUGGAUACAUGGCCAUCUUAAUAAUACCAUUAUUAGGUAUUUCUAUGAUUAGAUCAUUAAAGGUGCUGGCACCAUUCUCCUUACUUAGCAAUGUUUUCCUUGGACUGGGACUGGCCAUCACUUUCCACUACUUACUGACGGAUAUUCCAUCCUCAUAUGAUCGAUCUGAGUUCAAGUCAUGGAAACAGCUGCCUCUUUUCCUUGGAACAUCAAUAUAUGCUUUUGAAGGCAUUGGAGUGGUUCUUCCCCUUGAGAGGAAAAUGACCAAUCCUCAUGACUUUCGUGGUUUUAAUGGUGUCCUCAACACGGGAAUGGUUCUUGUAACUUGUGGUUACAUUGCUGUUGGAUUUUUUGGCUACCUGAAGUAUGGUGAUGCAGUUCAUGGCUCCAUCACUUUGAAUCUCCCUCCAAGUGACAAUUUGGCACAGUUAGUCAAGGUGUUGAUGGCUCUUGCUAUUUACCUGACUUACUCCCUGAUGUUGUACGUGCCUGCUGAAAUAAUGUGGCCACAUCUUGCUCCAAGAUUUCAUUCUUCAAAGGCAAAGUGCUUAGGAGAGUAUGCUUUCAGAGCAUUCUUGGUGCUUAUUACAUUUAUUCUUGCUGCCGCCAUCCCUAACAUUGGACUGUUCAUUUCACUUGUGGGAGCUGUGUCAUCGUCCACACUUGCCAUCAUCUUUCCUCCUAUCAUUGAACUAGUUACUUUCUGGCCAAGAAUAUCAAGAUGGAAUAUAGCAAAGUGUGUGGUAAUAUUUGUUUUUGGAGCUGUCUGUUUUAUAACUGGGACUUAUGCUAGCAUUCAAGCUGUCAUUGAGUACUUCCAGCACUCAGAUGACCCUCAACCAAGGUUUGUAUGCUGAGAUCAAUCAUAAAUGGCAAUUUUUUUGCUCUUAGAUGCUAAGUUGAAGAGGAUUAGGUGCUAACUUAAUAUUGAUUAAGUUGGAUGUUUUUUGCUCACUUGUAGAUUUGACUUCUAUUGAAAUUAUUCAUAAUAAGUAAAGAUACGAAAAUUAUGUAGAUACAUAUUUUUGUACAUUAAGAUGAAUUAUGUAAUGUUAUCAGUAUAUUUUGGAUAUGAUAGUCUUCCUUGAACAGGAAAAAAAUAUUUUUCAGCAUACUAUUAAGAAGAUUGAGUUUUGUUAGCUGUCAUUCCUGGAGUCUUGCACCUAGGUUUUAAUACUUUUCAAACACCUUGUCCAUGAUGAAGGGGUUUGAAAAUAAUGUAGGUAAUAAUUUUCUUCAGUAUUUUAUUAUGAUGUUAGCAGCAGUGUGUGUUCAUAUAUAUAUUAUCAGGAUCCCUUUAAAGUCAGUUUUAUUGGAAGACUUAGGUCAACAUUUACUCUAUAUUAGUUAUGAUUUAAUGCAGGCAAUUGGAUCUGCAGGAUUGGUCUGUGUUAGUUGAUAUAAAUUUUUAAACUUGUGUAUUGUGUUCAUGGUCAUCUCAUCAGAAGGAAAGAUUAUAUGAAUAUUUAAGAUUCUCAUUUGCUCUCUAAGAGUGUUUAUCUUUGGUCAAGGACCAGCAAUCUCAUUACAUUUCAAGGCAUCAUCUUCACACAAAUUUUAUUGGUUUUUAAUUAAUGUUAAAAUCAGUCCUAAUAAGAAUUGGUAAGAAAGAUCAAUAAUUAUAAUUAAUUUGUAGGGAAAUGUGUAGGAAUGUUUUAGAUAUUCCUAAUAAUCAUGGUGACAUUUUCCAUCAGAGACUGAAAAGCAUUAUAAAGGUAUACUUAGGUAAGAUUUGUGGUGACUUUUGUAUAUGUAGAUUCAGCUGAUACAUUGAAACAUUCCUUGUAUAAAUAUAGUGUGACAAGUGCAAAGAUUUUACAUGAAUAGACCACAGAGAAUCUUUUUUUUUUUUUUUUUUUUUUUUUUUUAAAGAAUCCAUGUUUCACCUUUGAGAAUGGAAGUAAUGAUAGGGAAUAGAUUUCAUAAAAGCAACACAUUCAUAUUCAGGUGCUCUUGUAAUGCAGAUGUGCUCAUUAGAAUUCUGCAGUUUUGACAAUUGUAACCAAAUAUGUUAUACAUGAUUAUUGUGGAGCUGUGUUUAGAAAUCAUUUGGAAAAUGAUCAGACACAGCAUUGGGGUUGUGUUCUCAGGGUAUCAUUGUGAGCUUUAUGGAUGAGUAGUGUUGAUAGCAAUGGAAAUUACUGACUCCAUUUUUUAACCACCAAUAGUAUAGAUAGUUUUAUUAUGUCUAAGAAAACAGGAGGAUGUUUGGAAUCCCAUCUCUUCUUCCACUUUCCCAAAAGCUUAUAGAUCAUCAGUGAGCUUUGUUCUAGCUGGAAAACUAAUAACUAGUUGGAGCAGAUGGAGAGACCGUCUUGUGUUUUAGUGGGACUCAUUGCUCAGCAAGAUAAAUGCAUUAUGUGAGUAUUUAAGUAAAACUACAUUCCUAAAUAUACGCUGCAAAUAAUAAGAUAAUUUUGUUUUCACAUCACAUAGAGAAAGAACUUAUCACAAAUAAGUUUCACCAAUGGUAAAUUGUAAAGUUCAACCUAAUAUAAAAGAUGAAAACAGAAAGCAGUAGCUGAGGAUUGGCUGUAUGAGCUUGCAAGUAAAACUGCCAGCUCAGAAAUAUUUGUUUGUUAAAGGGUCACAUUCUCUGUAUUGAAAAUAAAGUGUGCUGUCCAUGGUAAGGUUUUACUUUUUAGUAUAUCUCUACAGUGAAAACAAAAAUCAUUCAUGGAUGCAUUCAUUCUAAACUUUGCCCCUGUGAAUCUUGUAAAACUAGUGACCAAAAUAUGGAGAGGUUGUUUCAAGAAAGCAUGAAGUAAAGAAAGUUAAAAACAAGCACUUGAAUAUUAAUAUAAACAUGCAGAAAAUAAUUAAAGGGGACCAAAGUGAGUUGUAUGUACUGGAAGACAAAGAGACUUGUAAUUGUAUUUUAACCCUCUCACACACCCAGAGUUUAACAAGUUUCAGUUUCCACUGUGACACGCAUGGGGCCACGAGGUGGUUCAGUGGAAUGACCUGACAACACGUGGCGAAAUAUUUAUUUCUAUUAUCAAUCACCCACGAAUUUUCUUUUUCCUGACAUUUUUAUACAUCAUUGGCUUUAUAAUAGAUUAUUCUGCAUUAAUAAAAGAAAAAGAACCAAGAUAUGGAAAUCUACAUUCAGCUUUGCUGACUCUGAAUAAACAUUGUAUAAAAAAAAUAUAAACUUACGUUCACCACUUUGUAGCUCAAAUGUUUGUGAGUCAACUAUUUAUGCUACAUAUACCAAUAACAGCAGAUGUUUAUGAGCUUUCCAUUAUUAUAUGAUUAUAUGAUCAAUAGUUUUGAGAAAAUUAAUGAAAUCUGAAACACGUAUCGGAAUAUGUACUAUAAGUAUAUGUUUAUUCCUGUCAUAACUUUAAAUCUAUGCAUGUGAGAGUUGACAAUUAAAUUAUUCGGUAGGCCUAGCUUGGAUCUUUAACCCGUAAACUGCAGGACCGUCUACAAGAAAAAAUUUAAUCAGUUAUUUUAGUCAUAAGAUAAAGAUGAUAGCUAGACAUGACAAGUAUCCCUACCCGGUGCUCGCUGAAAUCACGGGGCACAUUUAGGCAUAUAUGGAGAGCGGCAGCAGGUAAAGGCAAUUCAGAGAUUAGCAAGGCAGUUAGAUCUUCUUGGAGGUCCUGCUGCCUGGCUAGCUGCAUGGAGGGUGUUCUGGGAUUCUUUGAAGGGGUGUAGUUGUGUGUUUGUUUGUCUGUUUGUGUGCAUAAGUGUGUGUGUGUGUGUGUCUCUCUCUCUCUCUCUCUCUCUCUCUCUCUCUCUCUCUCUCUCUCUCUCUCUCUCUCUCUCUCUCUCUCUCUCUCUCUCUCUCUCUCUCAUACACACAAAAAGAGUAACAACGUAAAGGUGUAUAAGGUUCAUUGAAAAGGAGAGAGAGAGAGAGAGAGAGAGAGAGAGAGAGAGAGAGAGAGAGAGAGAGAGAGAGAGAGAGAGAGUAGGAAAAGGAUUAGGGGGAUUAGAAGAGGAAGAGGGGAAGGAGGAAAAUCAAGGGGAGGAGAAGGAUGUGCAGGCCUGACUGACCUGUUGUGUCUCACCUGCCCUCGACAUAGAUCAGGUUAAGUUGCCAGGUGUCUCCUUAACCCCAGCAGCGCUGGCAGCGUACGUCAUACGCUGCAGUGUUUUACCCCUCACCGGCGCUGGUGGCGUACGUCGUAUGCCAUGAUAUUUCGCUCUCACCAGCAAAUUUCCAGGACUUUUCCGCCCUCUUAUUUGGAGAUGGUAUCACUCCCAAAUUUCCAGGUUCGGGAACCGGUAAUUUAUAUACCACUUAUUCAAAGUCGUAUGCAAUUACCGGUUCGGGAACCGGUAAUUUAUAUGCCACUUAUUCAAAGUCGUAUGCAUAACAAAAGUUGGAAACUAGCCAGAUUUGUGCAAAUACAUCUUACCUUCACUUGGUAGCAUGUAACUGGAAGACAAGAACUCUAGCUAUCCCCCCGAUGCACUUUUGAUACAUAAAGAUGGUACAUCAAUGUCAUAUAUGAUAAAAUUUGGUGAAUAGGUUAGGCUAUGUAAUAAGUGCUACCACCUCACUGCCAUGAGCCAAUUGUACAAAGAUAUAUCUGUCUACCUCCACUUAGUAUUGUCAGAAUGCAAGAUUAUAUAUCAAAUUACACUUGUGAUAUACAGAUUUGGCAUAUAUAUGUGAUAUAUGGGAUUUUUUUUACAGUUAGAAGUGUGUACUUACCAACAAGACACCAUAUCCACGGCACUAUAGGAUACCACUUUAUAGGUUGAUCUGAAUGCUUUCUUCACCCAAACCCUUAAUACUUAGACAUUUCACAUUGACUAAUCAAAAAAUUGUAUUUUGAAAAGUCGCAGUACUGGGGAGGAUCUUAACAGUGAAAUAGCCCUAGUGCUGUAUGGAUUAAUAAUAACUGUCAAAAAUAGCCAAAACACCUUAACCAAUUUAGGGUGUGUAGCAGCAGCCCAGCGUUAGCCCAAUUGGGCGGUCCCACACCCCACGGGUUAAUGCACUAAAUUUUGACACGAUUGUGACAAAAAAAUUAUUUUUAGAUUCUUUUUUAUUUUUUUUUCACAAUUCGCAUCAUAAGCUGAGUUGCAGGAGAUUACAGUUCAACACGAUUCGCGUCAUGAUGCGUGAGAGGGUUAAUAAUAAUAUGACUCAAUGAGAGAGAGAGAGAGAGAGAGAGAGAGAGAGAGAGAGAGAGAGAGAGAGAAUGGAAUAAUGAUCAAAAUGUAAUUAACUGAUUUGCAGAUUAGCUCAGGGGUCAGCAACUCAUUGUGCUGGAGGAGCCUUAUUUUAUUCUUCAUAGAAAAAAAAUAUUCUCAAUAAGCUGCAAUGCACAAAUUUGUCUCAAAACAGAAAUGUACCUCAGAAAUAAGAGAAUACUGUUAAAUAACAAAAUAAAAUACAUAGAAGAUUUUACCUUUUUGAUGCCUCAAGAUUUUUCCAAAGUUAGGCCAAACAAUCUAAUGUUGCCCUGAAGGUGUAAUAGUAUGUUAUGCCCUUGUUUUCAUCAUCAUUAUCAUCAUCAUUUCAUUGACUCUUGGUCCUAGGAGCUCCCAUCAGGGGAUGGCCACAGCAGAAGAGUUUCCAACUUUCUCUAUCCAGACACUCCCUCCUUGCCUGCUCACAGUUUCUCAAAGAUCUUUCCUCCCUCUCCCUAACGUACUCUUGCACCCUAUCUCUCCAUUUCAAUGGAGGUCGCCCUCUAGCAUUCCCUCCCUCUAUCUCACUCACAUACACCCUUCUGGUCAUCUUACUCUCCUCCAUGUGGCCAAACCACUUUAAAGUCUGUCGCUUCACUUCCUCCAUUUCUCCACACUUCUUCCCUUCUCCCCUGUGACACAUUCCAAAACGCUCGUACACACUUUCAUUACUCAUUCCAUCCAUUCUACUCACACCACAAGCACUCCUCAAAUAACUCAUUUCCACUGCCUGCACUCUAGACCUCUGACUUUCAUUCCAGGCCCACGUUUCACUUGCAUAUGUGAGGGUUGGUACUAUUAUUGUAUUUCUCAAAUCCCUCUUUACCUCCAUGCUCACACACUUCUGCCAUUCAUGAUUCAUCCCAAAGAACCUACCACCCUUCUUCCUUGCAAUGCCCUUUCUCUUAUCUCACCCUCCAUACCACCAUGCUUACACAUGACUGAUCCAAGGUACAUAAACUCAUUGACCUCCUCCAUUUCUUCACCAUUCAAAAAUAUUUUGCAUUCUUUUUCACAUUCAAUUCCCCUCUAUAUGGGCAUAUAAAAUCUACAAUCUCACUUCUACUUCGCUCACAAACCAUCACUUUACUUUUGUUGACAUUUACUUUCAGCCUUCUCCUUUUACAGACACUAUCAGCCCUUGAUUUGAGGUAAAUAAUUAUAUAUGAAGAUUCCGUAACUGUGCAAGUGUCCUGAAAGAGCCACAUGCAGCUUUGGAGCCUCUUACUAGCAGUCUUCUACCUCUUAAAUUCUGCUGCAAUGUUGCAUCUCUUUCAAUCUUCUAUCAAUACUUCCAUGCUGACUGCUCUUCUGAACUUCUUUGCUAGUUGCAUGCCUCCCCCCUCCCGUGGCCCUGCUACAAAUGACUUUCUACCCUUGCUCAUCCCUAUUCUAUCCAAAUCCCUUUGUAAGAGUUAACCAGCAUCUUCAUUCUUUAAUCCCUUCUGCUGGUAAACUUUGGAACAGCCUUCCUCCAUCUGCAUUUCCUCCUGCCUACAUGAGCUCUUUCAAGGGAAGAGUAUCAGGACACCUCUCCACCCAGAAUUGACUUCUCUUGACCUCUCAUUCUUUUUUCUUUCACUGGAGCAGUGUUAGUGAGCUUUUGUGUUGCUGAUUUUGUUUUUUACCCUUGAGCUGCCUCCAUACCUUAAAAAAAAAAAAUUGCUGACCCCUGGACUAGCCCAAAGAUUCUAGAAAUCUUAGACUAGUUCAAUCAGGAUAUACAUUAUACAAUUCUGAAACAAAGGUUUUGACCUUCCAGUCCUACUCCUUAAGUACAUGAAUCCUCAUGCCCCAACUCUACAUACUUUUGUAAAUAACAAUGUGUGCAAAACAUUAUUGUGUCAACAGAUUGAUUGUAAUACUAAUAUGUAAUAGCAUUAUUAUUAUUAUUAUUAUUAUUAUUUUUAUUAUUAUUAUUAUUAUUAUUAUUAUUGCUAUUAUUAUUAUUAUUAUUGUUAUUGUUAUUAUUAUUAUUUUUACUAUAUCAUUAAUAAUAAUAAUAUUAUUAUUAUUAUUUGUAUUACUACCUAUUAUUGUUAUUAUUAUUAUUAUUUUUAUUAUUAUUAACAUCAUCAUUAUCAUCAAUUUUAAUUCAGUUUUUACAGUUUGUUGUUCAGCUUAUACAUAUAUUGCUUUUCAUUUUGACUGUAAUUCUUGCAAAAGCAUCAGGAAUAUAUUAAUAAUGAAAUUACAUUUCUGCAGUUGUGUAUUCUAUUUUGACUGCCUGACAAAAUAAUCUGUCAGAUGUAAAAUAUGGCAAGUUGGUUCCUGUUGAAUUUAGUGAAUAAACAUAUCUUAAUAAUAAUAAUGCUACAACACUUCAUCAUGUCAGUAUGAAUGUAAUAGUCAUCUGUGCUAUAUCUAGGAGUGUCUCUAUUUAUUUAUUUCAUACACUUACAGACCAGUAGCAUCUUAAACCUGACUUAGCUUCCAUAUGAACUAGUAGUACCUCCUUGUGUUGAGUAAAGUUGGCAUUUGAUGAACACCAUAAAAUCUCUAUGUAUAUUAUAGCCCCAUUCAUGAAUAACCAAAUAUUAUACAGAUUUGGCCCACCACAGUCUAGGCCACCUGUGCAAACAUAUAAAAGGAAGCAUUCUAAUUUAUUAGAAACUAAAACACUAUGUAAAGACUGUAACUAUGUAAGGCAUAUGGUAUCAAAUCAUGCUAUGGGGUAAGUAGGAUAUUUCUAAAACAUCUUGAUGUUUAUGUAGGCUACAUGUUUCGCAUAAAUGACUGGGCUUUCUUGUAUUGAUCUGAUAUAUGAAUUUUUUACUAAAUUGAACAUUAACAGGCAUAUGUAAUGUUUUAAUAUCAUGGCAUUUAUCUAUGUUCUUUUGUGAAAUGGAAUAAAGACAAUAACUCAACCCUCACAGUUUCUAGGAAAAAUGAAUGAGGAUGUUUUAAGUUUGAAAAUUAA